AUGAGUGUCAAGAUACUAACAUUUAUGGCCGCAACAUUGAUGUUAUUCAAUGACUCUUUAUUUGUCAAAACUGCUCAGCUCAAUAUAUCAACCGUUGCACCUCUUCUACUACAAGUAAAUCGAACUUCAAAAGAGCUGCAAGAUAAAUCUAAAUUGGUUCAGGAUAUAAGUGUAGAACUUAAAACUUCUGAACGAAAGUCGAAUUCUGACGUCUACAAUACACUUUCAACUUUGACAUCGGAUGUUUUUGUCGAGACUCCAUCAUCAGUUGCAAAUCCUAAAUUAUACCCUUCGCUAACAACCAGUAUGCCAGCAUUUGUAACUCGUGGCAGGUAUAUCAGAAAUCCGUUCUAUUUCAGUAAGGAUGAUCAAGAAGUUGAAUUCGAAGAAGAUCAGCACUCUGGCGUGUUGUUAAAUGGUGGAUUUUCAAAAUGGAAUAAGUACAAUACCAAUCACAGGCAAUUAAAUAAAUAUGGGCCGACACCAAUUGAAACAGAAAUUACUGUCGAUGAAGACGGAUCGACCGGUUAUGGAAGCACGUUUGACUUUGGUGGCGGAGGUAGUAACGUGGGGGCCUCUAGUUACGAUUCUGGUAGUUAUCGAAAUCCAAACAACGGAUGGUCAGUUGGAGACAGCAUGAUGGAUUGGUACGGUGAACCUAUGCCACAGUCAUCACGCCCCGUUCCCAUAAUAGCCGAAAUUCGGCAUCCUAGCAAACAAAAAAUGUCUGUUGAUAUGUCAAAAAUAGGUAUAUUAGCGUUGGUCAAGAUCGCGAUGGCCAAGUUGAAAGCAUUAGGUUUUAUUAAGGCUAUGUUGCUCAUGUUGUUCAAACUCAAACUUCUCGUACUUGUGAUAGCCAUCAAGGCCCUAUUGCUAAUGAAAAUGGUGAAAUUGACCCUGUUUCUUCCAGCUUUAUUAUCAAUCUUUACGUUCCCGAUGAUAUUAUCGCGUUUAGCGAACAUGAAUGCACUACUAAACCAGCCGGUUUUAGUACCGAAUAAUUUUGGUCCAGGAACUACCCCGGGGAAUCCAGGCGGAAAUGACAAUACAGAUAUUGAUGGAAACAGAAGAAGUCGUCCAGACCAAAUGGAUGUAAUGGGAACUGAAAUGACCAGCUUUAGACAAAUUAUACGGUCAGAAAAAUGUGUAGAGAGAGUGUCUUGCCGUAUGGCUGGUGCAAAACGUCCGAGUUUGUUACUUAUUUGGUUGAAUUGGGCGGCAUCACCUGUAUCGAAUUAUAUACCGAGCAAGAAAAUAAGAUCUUUUGUUUCAACAUUUACUGAAGUAACCAAUUUUCGUUUAGAUAAUUUAUACACAAGAUUAUUGCCCAAGAACUGGACAGAAUGGUGUAAUGAACAUUAUUCAUGUGGUGAAAAUAUGAAAAAAGGAUAA